AUCCUAAUCCAGCGCCACUUCUCUCUUCUUCUUCAUCUUGGGUUUUUUCCUUUUCCUCCAUUUUCUUUCUCUAUUUGAUCUGGCGUUUUUUUCUUCCUUUUUGUUUUACUUUUCAUUUUCUAUCUCUUCUUCAUCUUGCGUUCUUCCUACAUCUUUUUCUUCCUUUCAUCAUCCUGCAAAUUUUUCUUAAUUCCUAUAAACAAUGGAUGUGAAAUUUUAAAGUAGAGUGUGUCGAUAGCCCCAAAUUGGAGUUGAACACGUUCAAAUUGCAUUUGCAGCGUUGGAGAUGUAGAGUUCUAAAUGCCUAUAUCUGCAGAUAUUACUAAAGCUAUGUGUGUCACUGAUAAUGUUAUUUCAGUCGGGAGAAGGAAUGUUUGAAUGGGGUUAUGCAUAUUCUUUUUUUCUUUUAGUUGUGUAUUCUAUUGCUAAAGAAAUAUUCAGGCUAUUUAGCAAAUAUCUAUUUCUUUUCAAUUAAAAAGAGAAAAAGAAGUCAUUUUUAGAAAAAGUCUUGUGUUACAUAGAUAAUUUAAUCUGAUUGCUUAAGAAAUUUCUCACAUUUCUAUGGUGAGAUUGCUGAGAUUAACAUACUGAAGGCACGUUUAUUCAAAAUGCCUAUAAUUUUGGGGGGAAAAAUUGUCAAUUUUUUUACUGGGAAUUUAUUACCGUUGAAACUGCUGCUUUAUAUAUAAUAUAGAUAUAGAUAUAGAUAUAGAUUAUCCAAAUAUUUUAAUAUUAAUUUAUAAAUUCUUAAAAAUUACUACAUCUUAUUAGCUCUUAAAACUUAUAAGCUCUUUAAAAAUAAAUUUAAUCAAACACCCUCGAUGAAAUAUAAGACCAGUUAAAAAAUAAACUAAAUAUAUUUUGAAAAGAAAACUCAUCACUCCUAAAAUAAAAUAAAAAUUGCUGAACAAUAAAUUAGAAAAACAAAACUAGAAAAAAUGGAACAGCAAUUUAAGGAAAGAUAAAAUUUUUAUGGAUUAAUAGGCUGUUUAAAGCCUAGCGCGAUAUUUUUUGGUGCUACCAGAAACUUCUUAAAAUUUACCUUUCUGCAUCUAAUAGCGUUUCAUUUAUCUACUUCGAUUCGCAAAUUCAGUUACAUCUCAAAAUCUGCAGAAUCGAAGUUUUCGUCCAUCUCUUUUUCGCUAUCAAAUUAGGGGAGCUAGCAUCUAGAAAUGCAGGGAGGUAGAGGCCCAUUCUUUGGUUUUGGGGACCCUUUUGGUGGUUUUGGUGGAUUUGGUGGCUUUGGACGUCAAAGGAGUAUGAUUUCUGAGUUUUUUGGGGGAAGGGAUCCAUUUGAUGAUCCCUUUUUCAGGAGCCCUUUUGGGGGAGUGUUUGAGUCUAGCCUUUUUGGCUCUAAUGGAGGUCCAUUUAUGAAUCCUCAUGCUUCUGGAUUCCUUCAACAUCUGCCACCCGCCCCGCCCCAACCUAAUCUUUCGAGGGGACCAGUGAUGUCGAGGGGACCGGUGAUUGAGGAGCUGAACUCUGAUGAUGAGGAAGACGAGAAGGAGAGUGGAAAGAUGAAUAAAGAGAAUCCUAGAAAACAUAGAAGAUCGAGCAAGGGACCCAUUGUGGAGGACCCUGAUGAUGAAGCUACUGAGAAAAAGAGCAAGUAUAUGACUAGCCGGAAUGAUAUGAACCAGAUGCAACAUGCAAGGUUGCAGCCUGAAGUGAAUAGCUUCACUUUUCAAAGCUCCAGUGUUUCUUAUGGUGGUGCUAAUGGUGCAUUCUACACCACAUCUAGUACUAGGAGAACAGGGAGUGAUGGAUUGACCUAUGAAGAAUUCAAAGAAGCCGAUUCAUCAACUCGUCAAGCAACUCAUAGGGUCGGAAGGGCCAUCCAUGACAAGGGUCAUUCUGUUACCCGGAAACUGAAAUCAGAUGGACAUGUAGAUACAAUGCAGACUCUGCACAAUCUCAACCAAGAUGAACUGCCUUGUUUUGAGGACGCAUGGAGAGGAAAUGCUAAAAUGCAUCUCCCUGGAUGGAGUGAAGAAUCCGCUAGUCGAGAUGCUAUGCGGCCUGCAAGAAUUGGUGAUAGAGGGGGCUGGGCACUUCCUAGCAUUGGGAGUUCGAAUAAUGUAGGAAUCAUGAAAGCAGAUGUUGGAGGCCUUCCACAGCAUUCAGGAAGAGCAAAACCUGAUGUUGGUAACGGAACAGGUUCGUCGCGUGUUAGAUCACACGGAGCCGGUAGCAGUCAUCAAACCAACAACAACAAGCAUUACUAAUUUCAGCGAUCCAAUUUCUCACACAGACAUGGUGAUGGAAGUUUCUGGGUCUCGAGAGUUUGAAGGUAUGGUAGUGAUUUAUUGGGUACUAGAAGUAUGAGUAUGAGAUAUUGUAAGUCGAGGUUAGCAACCUGUAAUGGCAGAAUUGAUGGCACGUAUAUGUAAUGGCUGUAUUCUACGUGGAUUUUAUGUGUAUGAAUGGAUGGAAGCUAUUCAGACUUCAUUUGAUGCCCAA